GUCAAUUGUUUUCCUUUCAUCAAACCAUGAUUAAUGUUCAUAAUUCUAUAGAAUAUAUUCAAUCAUUCAUUGGAAAUAAUUUUUAUUAAUUUCAAUGUUAAAUAACAAUAUAUCCAAGCUACUAUCAACAAAAACGACAGCCAUGUCAGAUCAUACUAAAUGUUUAUUGACUAUUCACAAAUCAUUUACCGGCCAAUAUGAAGAUGAACUUACCAUUGAACCUAGACAGAUUGCACAAUUAAUUCGAAAACUAGAUAAAUUCUGGUAUGAAGUUUAUAUGGAAGAUCAGGUUGGAAAGAUUCCAAUCGAUUGUUGUCGGGAAAUGCGUGAUGAUUUGUUCCAAAAUUUGCGCAUCGCUCCUGAAAUAAAACAAGCUGUAUUUGUGGCCAAACAUGAUUUUAUUAAUAAUUGUGAAGAUGGUGAUUUAAAAUUUGCACGUUUUGAAUUCAUAAUAGGUUUUCAUCCUAUCAAUAACGAUUGGUGGAACGGUACUCGUCUUAAUUCAGUACAACGUUUUAAUGAUAAUUUGUUUGUCAAUGAUACCGAUUGUGGUAUAUUUCCUUUGACUUUUGUCUGGAAAUUAAGAAACGAUUUGCUUCCAGAUUCGAUAUUUGAUCCUCGUGGAAUUCCGGUAAAAGUUGCCAGUAAAUAUCCUAUCAUCGAUAAUACUGUUUGUGUUGAGAAACAAGAAAUACAGUCAAAUAAAACGUUGCCAGAGCAAAAUAAACAAACUUCUUCAAAUACCAAGAAAAAUGAAUAUCUAUUCUACGUUAAAGUAGUCAAAACUAUGGAAGCAAAACUUGAUCAAGAGAUUGAUUUACCUCUUAUAGGUGAAGUAUUAGGCAUAAUUGAAGAGAAUGAUAAACUUUAUUAUGAAGGUGAAUCAUUGUCAAGAAAAAUUCGUGGAAUUUUUCCAAAAAAUUUUGUUGUUAAGAUUGACAACCCCGAAAAUAAUGCUGAAAACUCGGAACCAACUGGUAGUAAUCGAAUUUCGAAUGCAGAUGCUAUCUGUGAUAUUCAUCAUGAUUCUGAUAAUUCUUCAAAUGGACGAUCACCGGUGCCACCCUCGUUCAGUCCCCCUCCACCUCCUGACAUAUUGGAUAUAUUAAAUUAUCAGAACGAAAAAUUACAUGCAAAGAUUGAAUCGAAUAAAGUGGAUGCCGAUAAAAAUUCGCAGCAGCAACCAGGUUGUCAAGAUUUACCCCCUUCAUACGAAGCUGCUAUGAAUGCUUCCGCUCAUUCACAACCUGUUGCAUAUGGUUAUGCUAAUUAUAUGUUCAAUGAGAUGGAACCAUACGGUAGAGCGUUGUACGAUUUUGAGGCACAAGAUGAUUCAGAGCUAAGUCUUCGUCAAGAUCAAAUUGUUCGAUUGAUUCGUUACUAUGACCAAGAUUGGAUGGAAGGAGAAAUCCAUGGUCGUAUCGGAUUCUUUCCUCGUAGUUACAUAUCAAUUAUUGUUGAUUGUAAAGAACAAAAUAACUCAGCCCAUCAAUCAGAUCAAAAACAAGCAGAUUCUACUCAAAAUCAUGUAGAAGCUAUUGAUUUUCCUUCUGAUUCUCUCGCGAAAAUCCUAUAUGAUUUUGAUGGAGAAAUGGAACAAGAUCUAAAAGUUCGAGCUGGUGAUAUCGUCACAAUGCUGAGGCGUUUUACAACAACCGAUUGGAUUGAAGCGAAAGAUUCAGUUGGUAAUGUGGGUUUUGUUCAUAUGAAUUUAUGUCAACCAUUCCAAAAAAGUUCUGACCAAUCUGUUAUUACAACAUUAAAUGCAACAAUAAGCACAUCAAAUCUUUAUCCAAAAAUUGAUGUUCUUGAAAAAGAAAAAAUUGCAGAAACCUCUGUUUCUCAACAACAAGAACAAGUCAUUCAGCCUAAACCACAUCGCCGUGCGCCAAUUGCACCACGCCGUUCGGAUGUUUUUCCAACAUUCAAUCAAUUUCUGAUUCAAGAAAAACAAGAACAUUAUCAAUUUGAUUUGGAUGGAAAUGAAUCUUCAAUACAAUCCGAAACAAAUUCAAAUUUAAAAGCUCAAAAUCAAAAACAAAAUCAACGCGAAUGCGUAAUUACCGAGCUUUUACAAACGGAAAAGGAUUAUUGCCAUGCAUUAAAUGUUUGCCAUCAUGUGUUCAAUUCCAGUAUAUAUGAAGCUAAAAAAGUGAAUGUAGAUGUAGAUCGAUUGUUGAGCGAUAUGAAAAGCAUAAUCGAUGUGUCGAAACAUUUGAUAAAAUCAUUGGAAAAUUAUGCACAUAAUCGAGCCUAUGUUGAUCAGAGGGUCGGCAUCUGUUUCUUGGAUCUAAAAUUUAAAAUUAAUGAAAGUUACACCCAGUACUGUCGUAAUCAUGAUUCAGUUCAUUCAUUAUUGAAAUUUUAUGAAGGGAAUGUAAUCUCACAAAGUUACAUCAAAAAUUGUCUUGGCCGUAUACAGGAUCAGACCAAUUGUUUUGAUUUAUCAUCAAUUUUGAUCAAACCAGUACAACGCAUACUCAAAUAUCCAUUAUUGUUAAAUGAAUUGAUCAAAUUCACUGAAGAAGAUCAUGUCGAUUAUGAACCAUUAAAAAUGGCCUUCCAAAUGAUCACGGAUAUUGCCACACGCAUAAAUGAACAUAAACGACGACAAGAUCUUAUACAAAAAUAUUGUCGAGCCAAAGAUGCAACACUUGCGGAAAAAUUGAAAAAUCUUUCGAUGCAUUCGGUAUUGAAAAAAAGUUCACGAUUUAAAUAUCGAAUUCUUUCAUCAUUGCAAUUUUCAUCCGGUACCAAAGACAAAGACUAUGACAAUGCCUUGCAUUUUUUUCUAGAAGUUGAUAAAACUAUUCGUACAUUUCUCAAGGAUAUGAAAGAUUAUAUAGAUGCGAUGGACAAAUAUAAUGUUGAAUUAUUAUCUACUAUGGAAACCAUCAAUGAAUAUUGUGAUUUCAAAAGUCAUCCUCGUUUUGAUAUUGAACAAAUUCGUGAAAAAUAUAUCCUUAUGUAUCACGAUCAUUUUAAGUUUUUCAAAAAAUCUAUCGAAUGUAAUGUUAUUAAACCGUUAACAAUGUUAUUGGAGAAAUUUGCUAGUCCUGUACGAUUGAUUAGCAAACGUGAUGAUAAACGUGUCGAUUAUGAGGCUAGUUUGAAAUCAUCAAAAAGCAGCGUGGAAAAUACAAAUUUAUUAAAAAACACUUUCGAAGCCUUAAAUCAACAGUUGAUAGAUGAAUUGCCCAUUUUGUCAGAUACCUCUUUACAAAUCUUAAUAAAUUGUAUUCAAGCAUUUCUAUGUGAGCACAAGCGUUUCGUCGGUUACAUGGCCAAACAUCAAUUAGAUUUACAUGAAUUGCCAUUAGUGAAAAACACUUCUUUCGAAUUCUUUUCAGAUAUUGAUGAUACGUUCCAGGUUAAACAUAAUCUGAAUUUUGAACAAAUGUUGAGAGAAUUUUCGUUGCUACAUACAAGCAGCUUUCAAGAAUCAUCAUCAUCAUUAACAGCUUUCACUCGAUUAGGUUCGAAACGUAACAGUAAUACUUGGAAAAAUUCUUUACCAAUAAACAAAACAUAUCAAUUCGAUACUACACAAUCACAACAAAUUCCUCAGCAAAAACCAGGACAAUCAGCUUCAAAUCAUCAAACACAAAACGAAUCUAAUCGUCAAAUACUCAAAAAUAAAUACGAUUCAAAGCAUUUAUACACUGUUACUAAAAAUUAUGAACCAUGCGAUAUUAUGGAGAUUUGUGUCCAUCAAAAUGAUUUGAUCGGAGUUAUCAAAUAUAAGGAGCCUAAUGGUAAUGAAAAUCGUUGGUAUAUUGAUCGUGGAUUUAUUCAAGGUUUUGUGCCGCGAAAUUUGUUGACACCAUAUCAGACACAAAUGAACAGCCAAAAACAAUGGGAACAAGAACUAAAUCGUUAUGAUCAAGUUGCUGAAGAUCAGAUUUCGAUUCCUGAUCCUAUUGAACCAGAACGCUAUUAUUCCACAGUUCCAAUAGACGAAACGUUUGGAAGUGAUCAUUCAUCACUAUUAUCAUUAGAAGAAAUUGAUUCGAAUAAAAAAAAUGAACUAGCAGAAUUUGAUCCGUUGACUUCAGUGUCAACAUCAUCGACAACAUUCCAGAAUAUUUCUAGCAUUAUUAGCAAUGAAAAGCAAAACGAAUUUGAGAAUAAAAAACCGGAUGAUAAUUAUUAUACGGCUGCAUAUCCAUUCAAAGCAGCUGGCCCGAAUCAAAUAUCAUUGAAUUUUGGUCAAAAAGUUUUGGUAUUGUGUAAACAUGAUACCAGUGGUAAUUCCGAUUGGUGGCUAGUUAGUCAUUCGAACCAAAAAGGUUAUGUGCCUGGAAAUUACUUGAAAAAAUGAAUGAAAACUUCUUUUUUUUAAAUUCUGUAUUUUAAUCAUGAUUUUUUUUUAUCAGCAUUCAAAAUUUUAUUUAAUGAAUAA